UGCUCCGGCCACGCAGAUCCUUGGCUGCAGCAGUCGCAAAGGCAGGGCGGGCCCCCAGGAGCAGGCCCUCCCAGGAUGCAGCCCUCGGUGCCCGGGCCCCUGGCCCUGCUGGAUGCCACAGAAGGGUUUGCGAAGAGGAAGAAGACCUCCCUUUGGUUUGUGGGGUCUCUACUCAUGGUGUCUGUCUCCAUCCUGACCGUCGGCCUGACUGCCACCACCAGGACAGAGAACGUGACCAUGGGGGGCUACUACCCAGGAAUCAUUCUGGGCUUCGGAGCUUUCUUAGGAAUUAUUGGCAUCAACCUGGUGGAGAACAGAAGGCAGGUGCUGUUCGCGGCCAUCGUGUUCAUCAGCUUUGGCGUGGUGGCGGCCUUCUGCUGCGCCAUCGUGGACGGCGUGUUUGCAGCUCGGCACAUAGAGCCCAGGCCCCUCACUGCGGGAAGAUGCCAGUUUUUCGCCAGCGAGGUGGGCUACGUGCACGACACCUACCAGACGGAGGUCACCUGUCACUCCUCGAAUGGCCAGUGCCAGCUGAAGGUGAGGAGCAGCACGUGCUACUGCUGUGACCUCUACAACUGCCAGAGCACUGAACACCCUCCUGCCUAUUAUGAGUUCGUGGGUGUGCAUCGCUGCCAGGACGUGCUGCACCUGUACCGGCUGCUCUGGGCCUCGGCACUGCUGAAUGUCCUGGGUGUGCUCCUAGGCAUCGUCACAGCAGCAGUUCUGGGCGCCUUCAAGGACAUGGUCCCUCUGUCCCAGCUGGCCUACGGCCCGUCUGCUCUGCCUCAGAUCCUCUACAACCCCGCCCAGCAGAUCCUGGCCUACACGGGCUUCUGCCCAUCGCCCGCGACCCUCCCCACCUGCUCGUCCUACCCUCUGCCUCUCCAGCGCUGUGGCGGCUUCCCAGCCUCGACUCCCAGGGACCCCCCUCUGUCUGAGGAUGUGCAGCCUCCCAACACACCAUCUCUCUGUGCUCCAGCCCACUUCCUCCCAGGGGAGAAGCCCCCCCCCUACACUCCAUGACACAUGGGCAUAGAUUGAAAAAUAAUUUAGUUUUGGUUUGUUAAAAAACAAAGCAGCCUCUACAAACCUUGCUUCUGUGGCCAACCUCCCGGGAACAUUGGGGGAAUGUUUGAGUCUGCGCCCUCUUUCCCCUCCUGGGCACAUCUGUGGGCAGAGAGGCCAGGAUCAGUGGUGGGGGGACAGAGCCCCAGGCUGCACCUCUAUACGCUGGACACCAAAGAGAUCCCAAACCCCCCCGAGCCCCCUUGCCCUGGGUGGUGUCGUCACUCACUAAACAAAGCUCACUUUCUUACCAGCCCCCCAGUGAGCUUGUCAUUAUUAUUUUGCAAAGGGAAUAUGGCCCUGUGUGCCCCAUGUGAACAUCCUGUAUCAAGGAGGUGUGUAGUAUGUUUACAUACUUACCUGUGUGUCCCCACAAAGUGCAGGGCUCUGUGCUCGGAGCUGUGUUCAUUUGGUACUUGCUGGGGAUGGAAAGGUGCUUUGGCUUAAAUAUCAAAUGCUGCCUGUA